GCACCUAGACUUAAUCCAAUGACAUAAUUUUAAUUAUAUUAUAAUGAACCAAAGUUAUUAAUGCUCAUCAUCAACUAUAUAUAUAGUCCUAUAUAAAUACAUGGUUCAUUAAUUAACACUAUAUCUAAAAACAUAAUACUCACAAAAAUGAAGAAGUCUUGUGUCGUUUUGAUGGUUUUUUGCCUUGGUGUAAGCUCAUUGAUUGUCGUUUUGGGUUAUGGUGAUGAUAAUGAUAAUAACAAUAACAAUAACCUUUACAAGAAUCUUGAUGUAACAUGGGGUGAAGGUCGUUGCAACAUAAUCAAUGGUGGGAGUGUUAUGGCAGUGUCUCUUGACAAAGUUUCAGGCUCGGGUUUCGAAUCAAAGAAUGAAUAUCUCUUUACCAAGAUUGAGAUGCAAAUUAAACUUGUUCCUGGAAAUUCUGCUGGCACUGUUACGGCUUUUUAUUUAUCUUCGAAGGGUGACCAACAUGAUGAAAUAGAUUUUGAGUUUUUGGGGAAUGUUUCUGGUGAUCCUUACACACUUCAUACUAAUGUGUUUUGUAAAGGAGAAGGAAAAAGAGAACAACAAUUUCGAUUGUGGUUUGAUCCAACUGUUGAUUUUCAUACCUAUUCUAUUCUUUGGAGUCCUCAACACAUUUUGUUUAUGGUAGAUGGAGAGCCCAUUAGAGAGUUCAAGAACUUAGAAGGUGUUGGUAUUCCAUACCCAAAAAGCCAGCCCAUGAAGCUGUACUCAAGUCUUUGGAAUGCUGAUGAUUGGGCCACAAGAGGUGGUUUGGUCAAAACAGAUUGGUCCAAAGCACCAUUCACGGCCCACUUCAAGAAUUUCAAAGCCCAAAAUGGUUGUAGCUGGUCUAAUGGUGGCUCAUGCAAAACCCUAUUCUCUUCAUUUAGCAACAAUCACAGGCUUUGGGAUAAACUUGACCAUAAAGAUCAAGAAAAGAUGAGACAGAUUCAAAAGGACAAUAUGGUCUAUGAUUAUUGUACUGAUUACAAGAGAUUCCCUCAAGGCCCCCCAAAGGAAUGUUACUAUAAGAAUAUCUACUAAUUAUUAAUUAGUUACUAUUUGAUAUUAAGGGAUAAUCAUGACCCUUAUAUUUCAACCAUUUUUCACAUUCUUAUUGUUAUUAUUAUUAUUAAAUUUAGUUUUAUGAAUUAUAAUUCUUUAUUUGCGUAUCUAUCAUACAUUUCUAUGUUACUUGAACAAUGAAUGAAGAAAUUAUUUCUUUGUUAAUCAUGGCUAUAAAUUAAUAUUUUGG